AUGAGCACCACGAAAGUAUCAUCGGCAGCAACUGCUCCAGAAUCGGAUCCAAAGCAAGUGGAAAAGAUCCUCUUUGUCGAGUGCGGAUUUGGAGCCGAUGCCCACGGACAAGAUUCGACCAAGGCAGCAGUCCGAGCCUGCCGCAAUGCUAUUGAAUUCAACCAGAUUCCUUCCAUUGGAGAUCUCGUUCCGGGGGGCAGAGAAAAUAUGAAGUUGGACGUCCUUCUUGCGGUUCCCGAGACUUAUCAAUCUGGAUUGGAUCUUGCCGCGGUGCGCAACUGUUUCCCCUACGGAAAAGUCAACAUUCAGAUUCAAAGUGGUGGCAUGAUUGCUACCAGUGGCAAGAUGAUUGAAGAAAUGGGAGACAAGAAUGAAGACAUGGUGGUAGUUUGUGUAGCAGUGACUGUAGGAUAUUAG